UGAAAACGCGGUUAUAAAUAGACCUGUCUGUUGAAGCGUUUUACUCAAUCUAACAAUAAAAUUCCUUCAGAUUAAUAAUAAGAAUGGAUGUUUUGAAGAGUUUGGUGCAACAAAGAGCUGUGGUGAUCUUCAGCAAGAUGAACUGUCCUGUAAGCCACUCAAUGAGGCAGCUGAUUAGCGGAUUUGGUGCGAAUCCUACUGUUUAUGAACUCGAUCAAAUGCCUAACGGGCGUGACAUUGAAAGAGUCCUGGAGAUGAUGGGCCGCAGUCCUAGCGUACCGUCCAUCUUUAUUGGGGGUAAUUUUGUGGGUGGGCCUAAUGAUGUGAUUAGUCUUCAGGUGCAAGGAAGACUUGUGAAGAUGCUUAUGGAUGCAGGUGCUAUUUGGCUCUGGAACAGGAAUUAGCGAUCUGCUAAUUUUGUUUAAGUUGAUGAUGUGCAGUUAGAAGUAGAAUAAGAGAUGUUUAAGAACUUCAAAUUUGUAGACAGCUAGCUACAACAGUUAAGGAGUUUAAUAAAAUGUCUUCUAGAGAGUGUUUUUCUUCGAAGCACUAUCAUAUAUCGUUGAAAUUAUAGUGUAUUUCAGUGAUGUAUUAAUAUAUGAGUAUACCAAUAAUGUAAUUAUCUUUUGAUGAUUAUGAAAUUUGUAUCUAAUAAUGAUUUGAAGAUGAUUUUUAUUAGUAUAGGUUAAUGGUUUGAUGAACGUUUUUUUGAGGU